CGAAUUUUAAGGCUUGAAUUUAUGUCUAAACUUAAAGAAUUAGACGAGACAUCGAAUGCAGAACGAAUUGAAUUAGCUAAUCAACAAAUGCUUCAAAAUGCUUUACCGUCACAUAUUGCGCAAAGUUUCCCGAUCAAAUCUGAUCUUUAUCAUCAUAUUUGUCAUAGUGUUGGCGUAGCUCAUAUCAGUAUUUUGAGCGAUGAUAAUAAUGGUGAAGCUGCUGUAAGAAAUCUCAAAAAUUUAAUAUGCAUUUUUGAUCAGAUUGUUAUGCAACAUCGUGGAAUUGAGAAAAUUCGAGGAUGUCAAAAAAAUUAUAUUGUUGCAGUGGGUGUUAUUCCAGAAUUUUGUAAAAAUGUUCACGACACGCCCUCAACAAUUGGUGACUUGCUUGCUGAACUUACGCAAUUUGCAUUAGAUAUUUCGGCAUUUGCUGCUGAUCAUGGUAUUUCCUUAAAUAUCGGUAUUGAUUGCGGAUCCGUUUUAUCAACAGUUGUAAACAGUCAAAAGCCUACGUAUGAAUUGAUUGGUAUGCCGUGUUUGGGUGCUCGUACCUUAAUGCAACAUGCAAAUUGUUACGGUAUUAUGGUAUCUGAAGAGAUCUAUUUAGCUUUAAGGCCAAGGAAUUUCAAUUUUGAUUCAAGACCAAUCAAAAUUUCGAAAACUCUUAAUGCAUAUGUAUUCGAGGAUAAUUACCCGGAUACUAGUUAUCAGGCUGAUGAAACAGACAUCAAUUCAUCAUCUCUACCACCAGAACAAAAUUCAACAUCACAAAAUCCGUUAGAGAUGUUUGCUUCGAUGAAUUCUUCAUUCUCAUCGGAAGUAUAUUCAAUAGAUAUUGGGGUUGAAACCGAUUCAGAAAUGGAAUGGAUUACACCGGAAAUGUUAUUGUAUGAGAAUGCUCAACUUAAUGCACAACCAUCAACUUCAUCCGUACAACCUCCAACACAUACCAAUCAAAAUUAUUUUGAUUCACAAGCAUAUUUGUCAUCUGAUUCACAGGGUAACCAAUCGGUGACACCGGAACGAAGUCGUAGUCGGCGAUUUUAUAUGGGACGGAUACCAAAUUGGUUGAACCGAUCGAUGACAUCGGAUAAAAGUCGAGUAUUUGAUGAAAAUGAUAAGCUUGCUGCUGCAGCAAGUCGUGUUGAUCGGAUGCUAGCUGAGCUAACAGCAAUCGCUAAUAUUGAUCCAACACCUGAAGAUCAUCCAUUUCCAACUGCACUUUCUACCUCAACUAGAAGCUUGAGGCGCGAUCUCUCAAGCGCUUGCCAUACUGAAUACGAUAAUGCUGAAUCAGAAGGCAAUUGGUCCGAUUCUGAAAUGCUUGAUGGUCGAUUGGAGCGACUUCAUAAAACUUUAAGAGAUUGUAAUCGUUUAAGCAAUCCGCAACGGAGGAAGUAUAGAUUAUGGAGUCAAAGUGAUAAUGGUAAUGAUGCUGAUAUCGACAGUAUCUGUUCAUCUAUUGGUACAUCAUCCUUUUUCAGUAAUCUUCGAUGGAAUAGUGUUCAUUCGAUUGGUUAUGAAAAUGAAUACGAAUUUGCUUCCAAAGAAGAUCUCAAAGAGAUAGCUCGUAGCCAAAUGGAAGCAUUAAGUCGUGAUAUACGUAUGAGUUUUGGUGAUUAUCAGCUUAACACCUUUUCAAGUAAUGAUCCUUGA